AUGACCGCUGCUCCUGCCGCCAGGAAAGAUGGUGACCCGCGCCCCGUCCACGACUUGGAUGACAACGAGCCCACCAGCGACCGCCGGGGUCACCGCGAUACCGAGCUGCACAGCGUCUCCCUCCACAAGGUGCACAGGGCAGACAAGGUUGCCAUCGUCGUCAAGAUUGGCGGUGCGCCUUGCGAGAUGGAACGGCGCCAGGUGCUGGUCGGGGAGGACGACCGCGUGCCCGUCCGAUUCCGGGACCGUUCCGGGUGCCUCUGCCUCAUCGUGGUCGAGGGGCCUCGCAUGAGCCUCCUGGGGCUCGACUGGUUUCCGGCGCUCAGCCUUCACAUCGGCGGCAUCCACCACAUCAGCCAGACCGCCCUCAACGACAUUUGGGCGGAGUUCGAGGACGUGUGGAAGAGCCCGCUGGGCUGCUACAAGGGGCUGCCGGUCCGCCUGCACAUCGACCCCACCGCUGCGCCCAUCCGCCUCAAGCCUCGCCGAGUCCCCUUCGCCCUCAAGACCCGGAUCGACGUGGAGCUUAACCGUCUCGUCGCUCAGGGGGUGCUGGUACCGGUCCCCAAUGCCCCCUGGGAGACCCCGAUUGUGACACCGCUCAAGCCCAAUGGGGACGUCCGCAUCUGCGUGGACUACAAAUGUACUAUUAAUACAGCGCUGCGGCCGCACGCCUACCCCGUGCCCGUCGUCAGCCACCUCCCAGCCUCCCUCGCUGGGGGUAGGACAAUUGUUACUCACCGGGGUUCCUUCCAGGAGACGCGCCUGCAGUUCGGGGUCAGCACGGCCCCGGGCAUCUUCCAGAAUUUGAUGGAAGACCUCCUGAAGGGCUUGCCUGGCGUCGUCCCAUACUUCGACGACGUCUUGAUCGCCGCAAGCUCUGAUGACGAGCUCCUGGAUUAUGUCCGCCACCACAAGCCACUUUUGGGGUUGUUCGUGCCGGAUCGUCAGAUACCGCAAAUCCUGUUCCCCCGCAUGCUCCGGUGGUUGAUUUUUCUCAAUGCCUAUGACUUCCGGCUACUGCACCACCCCUGGUCCAGCAUCGCGAAUGCCGACGUGCUCAGCCGUUUGCCACUCAAGGACUCUGACCCGGACCCGUCCCCGGCCUACAACGUCAUGCUGCUGGAGACCCUGCCUGAACCGCCCCUACAUGCCUCGGACAUUGCGGCUCACACAGUGAAGGACCGCACCCUCGCCCACGUUUUGAACUGGGUGGGGAAGGGGUGGCCGGCGGCCAGGCCAGAGGGCGAAUUCAAGCCCUUUUUCAUGCGGCAGCAUGAACUCUCACUGAAUAAGGGGUGUCUACUCUGGGGGAACCGCGUCGUGGUUCCAGCCAAACUGUGCACCAAGGUCCUGGAGGCCCUGCAUGCCUGCCACCCAGGAAUAGUGCGUAUGAAGGCCCUGGCGAGGAGCUAUGUUUGGUGGCCAGGCAUAGACGCUGCUGUGGAGGAGUGGGUGAGCCGCUGCCAGCUGUGCCAAGAGUCGCUGCCCGAGAUGCCGCGAGCCCCGACCCACCAUUGGGAGUCCACCCACAAACCCUGGUCCCACCUCCACAUAGAUUUUGCAGGCCCGUUCCAGGGCAAAACUUUCCUGAUCAUGGUGGACUCCUACUCCAAGUGGCUGGAGGUCGCUGACGUAGGCUCUAUGACCUCGCGAGUGGUGGUUCAGGAACUGUGGAAGCUUUUUGCCACCCACGGCUUGCCAGACACGGUGGUCUCUGACAAUGGGGCCCAAUUUACGUCCCCGGAGUUCCAAGAUUUCUUGACUGUCAGCUCUUGA